AUGCUGUCGUGUCCAGAACUCCAGAUGCUCCCGCUCCGUCACCCCGCCUCCCUCGCCGCCCGCCGCCUCCUCCGCGACAACCAGCGCAUCAGCGCCCUCGCCCGCGCGGGCGAUGUCGCCGCGGCGCGCCGGGUGUUCGACGCCAUGCCGCACCGUGACGUCGUCUCCUGGAACGCGCUCCUCACCGCGCUCUGGCGCGCCGGCCGCCACCACCUCCCAGCCGCUCGCCGCCUCUUCGACGAGGCCAUGCCCUCCCGCGACGUCGUCUCAUGGAACUCAAUCAUCGCCGGCUGCCUCGCGCACGGGGACUUGGACGCUGCCUCCGCCUACUUCGCCGGCGCCCCGAAGCGCAACGUGGCCACGUGGAACGCCAUGCUCGCGGGGCUCCUCCGGCUCGGCCGAGCGGAUGACGCCGACAGGGUGUUCGGAGAAAUGCCCAAGAGGAACGUGGUGUCGUACACAACCAUGGUGGACGGGCUCGCGCGGCGAGGUGAGGUGGCGAGGGCGCGGGAGGUGUUUGACGCAAUGCCAGACAGGAAUUUGGUGUCGUGGGCGGCCAUGAUCAGUGGGUACGUUGAGAACGGCAUGUUUGUCGAGGCGACGGAAUUGUUUAAAGUGAUGCCUGAGAAGAAUGUUGUGGCAUGCACUGCAAUGAUAACUGCAUACUGCAAACAGGGGGAUGUGGAGAGCGCUAGGAGGCUGUUUGAUGGGAUUCGUGCCAAGGAUGUCAUCUCCUGGAAUGCCAUGAUCGCUGGAUAUGUUCACAAUGGACACGGGGAAGAAGCCAUGAGAUUGCAUGCUGUAAUGUUCAGAGAAGGUGUAAAACCAGAUCAUGCGACUCUUAUUGCAGUCCUGACAGCUUGUUCUGCUCUUGCUUUGCUCAGACAAGGAAAAUCCACACAUGCUAUUGCCAUCAAAGCAAUGCUAGAAUCUGGCGUCUCUUUUUCUAAUGCAUUGAUGACAAUGUACAGUAAAUGCGGCAAUGUGGGUGAGUCAGAGUUAGUCUUCAUCAAUCUCAGAACCAAGGAUAUUGUUUCUUGGAACACAAUAAUUGCUGCAUAUGCACAACAUGGUAAAUAUCAGAAAGUUAUAGCACUGUUCCAUGAGAUGGAAGUGACUGGACUUAUUCCCGAUGAUAUCACCUUCCUUAGUGUGUUAUCGGCAUGCGGGCAUGUUGGCAUGGUGGAUGCCAGCUUGAAGUUGUUUGAUCUGAUGUCAUCUAAAUACGCCAUAUCCCCAAGAGCUGAACACUAUGCUUGUAUUGUGGAUAUAUUGAGCCGAGCAGGACAAUUGGAGAAAGCUUCUAGUUAUAUAAAAGAUAUGCCAUUAGAAGCUGAGAAAAAUGUAUGGGGUUCUUUGCUUGGAGCAUGUCAGAUACAUGGUAACGUGCAGCUCGGUGAACUUGCUGCUAAGAUGCUUGUUCAGUCAGACUCUGAAAGUUCAGGUCCUUAUGUGAUUCUUUCGAAUAUAUAUGCUGCUGCUGGCAUGUGGGGUCAAGUCAAUCAAGUAAGAGGUCAGAUGAAAGAAAGAGGUGUGAAGAAACAACCUGGAUACAGUUGGACUGAGAUUGCAAAUGAAGUUCAUAUGUUUGUGGGUGGAGAUGCAUCUCAUCCAGAGAUGAGAAAGAUCAUAUCUGAGCUGAGAAAAAUCAGCUUUCAUAUGCGAAUGGUCACCAAUGAAGCUCAUAUAAUGAUAGAUCUGGCACAAGAACGUGGUUACUUUUCAUAA